AUGUCUGCUAACGAUGUGGUCGACCAAGGCUCAGCUCUCGCGACUAAGGAUCUUUCGAACCCACAUACCGCCAAGCACGACGACGUGAAGCUGAAGCCAGAGUCUCUCCCCCCGGGGUUUGACAUGGACAAGCUGAAUGAGGUCUUGGUGAUGUGCGUUGAAAAGGGCACCGCUGCGCUCGCGGACGGACCGCUGCAGGGUAUCCCUUUCAUCGGCGCCCUGUCGCCAACAGUGACUUUCGCUCUCAAACAGAUGCUUGGCAUCAAGGAGACGCAGGAUAUCAUCAUCGGCAAGCUCGACGCCCACCCCAUUACAUAA